UAUCUCAAGACAAGAGAAAGAGACUCAAUCUAAAAACGAAAAAAAAAAACAAAAAUCUUACAAAAAUGAAAUUCUUUGCCGUCUUCGCUGUCAUCUUUGUUGCUGUCUGCUGUCUGGCCGCCCAGGCUAAGGCUUCGCCUGCAGAAGAAAGGAACUUUGUCCACGGAGCUGAUGCCCUCAAGCAGUUGGAGCCUGAGUUACAUGGCCGUUACAAGAGAGCCACUUGUGAUUUGUUGAGCGGUACUGGUGUGGGUCACUCGGCCUGUGCUGCCCAUUGUCUGUUGCGCGGUAACCGCGGUGGCUACUGCAAUGGCAAGGCCGUUUGUGUUUGCCGUAACUGAAGGGGGUUUUAAUUGUUUAUGUGUAUUAAUAAGAUUGUUAUUUAUGUACUUAAGUGGAAAUAAAUAAAAUAUUUAAAGCAGAAA